UAGAUUGCAGUCCGCUGGGUUCUUGUUUUGCGAUUUACGAAGCACAAAAUGUCUUCCAGCAAACAACUGCUAAAAGGCAAAAGCGGGCUAAGAAUGGUCUCCUCCGAGGCCGAGAGGUCGCCUUUCAUGCUGGAAGAGCCUCACUGGGAAGACGAUGCAUUGUUCCCAAACUGUGUGAAGUGUAAUCGGAAGUUCGAUUUCACGCAUCGCAGGCACCAUUGUCGUAGGUGUGGUAGAAUAUACUGUGGCGGCUGUUGUGACCACAAGGUGAUGUUGGAACGACUGUCAUUCAUCGAUCCUGUCAGGGUUUGCGAAGAAUGUUCACAUGUCGCAAAGAGGGAAGAAGAGUUUUUUCACAAACAUUUAAAGAUUCUUUGCAAUGGUGCAAACUUCAUUGUGGACAAUUCAGCCCCUCUCACCUUCAAUUGCAAACUGGAACACAACACACACAGGGAGAUUCUGUUUGAAUGUGAUGGAGAUGCCUACCAUGAACCCAUUGAGCUUUCUCGUCUUGUGUCAGUUCAGCUGAUUGCUGACAACCCAGAUGAUCGUGUAAGCGGCAUAAUACUAAAGUACAAGGAAAGAGCUGAAGUGAUGGAGGUAAAGCUUCAUGCAAUUGGAACAUCAGAAGCUGAGAAGAAGUCUGGAUUAGCCUGGAUAGCAGCUAUGCAGAGGGCAAUAAAGAUGUUGUUUGAAGUAGGAAGUUGAGAGCCCAAUUAAUAGGGAAAAUAGGGGGGUUGGGAGGGAAAAGUGGAGAUUUGAACUUAGUCAAGUUGCUGGUCACAAGUUUUUAAUGAACAAUUCUGGCAAGAAAAAAGAGAGACCUUUAGCAAGCCUUCCCUCUGCUAAGGAACUCUACUUGCACAACAGAAAUGAUUAUAUAGUAAUAAUUAACAUAUUUUCAUAAUUACUUUUGGCCGAUAUUUUGCCAAAGCUAAUUAAGAAAGCAGCUGUUUGAAGUAGGAGCAGGGCUUCUGGAAUUCCGCGAAAAAAACCCUCAAAAUUAUGCGGGAUUCUUUGCUAAAUUACGUGGAAAAUCAAUCAUUACGUACUAAAUUACGUGGGAUUUUGCAAUACAUUUUUCUUUAAAAAUCAAAAUUUUGCUGGAUUUUGUACUGAUUUAUGCGCUAUAUUACACAGAAUAUCGACUGUUACGCCCAAACUACAUUUUGUACCGAAGGAAAACACUAAAUAACUUUAAAAGGUUAUUUUUUUGCGUGAAAAUGUCUUAGGCAAGAUUAAAUUUGCUCCUAGCCACCAGCCAAUAAAAAAAGGUAUUUAUUUAUUAGUCCUAGGCCUUCUCGGUUAAGCCAAGAGCGCCUAGUCAUUUUAUUUGUUUUCGAAAUUCAGUUCGAAAUAUCGCACUCUUACGAAGAAUAUCUCCCUUAUUUUUUACGAGAAAUAGAGGUAAGAACCCUAAAAGAACACAUCAGCUGUGCAAUUAAAUGUUUUGUCUUUCAAAAUUUAGCCCAAUUAUGCUGGAUUACGCGGAAAUUUGUGGAUUACGUGGAAAAAGCCAAAUUACGCGCUUCCGCACAAGCGCGUAAUUCCAGAAGCCCUGUAGGAGGUCAAGAGCCUAAUUAAAAGUACAAAUAGAGGGGGGGGGGAUAGUGGAGAUUUGAACUUUGCCAAGUUUCUGGUCUCAAGUUUUUGAUGAACAAUUCUAAGUAAGCUUUUGGCAAGACAAAGGAAAGCCCUUUAGCAAGCUCUUCCUAUGCUAAGGGAACUCUCUUGCACAACAGAAAUGAUUACAGUACAUAUAUAAACAAUCUAAACAAAUUUUCAUCAUUACGUUUGGCCCAUAAUUUGCCAAAGCUUAUUCAGAAAGUAGCUUAGUGACAAAAUUGGACAUGGAAAAAUCCAUGGUAUUUUAAUACAAUAUAGGAUUUUAAUCUAAGCCAAGCCUAAGAAAGCGGAUAACCUAGAACAUAAAUCAAACAUAAAUACAAUAACUCCAGACAUAAUGGAUAUAGAUGACAUAAUGCAUUUGUUUAUCAUAGUACAAUACUGAUCAGUUCCAGUAGCCAGGAGUAUUAGGGAAGGGGGAAUUGAACAUUUAGUGACCCAUUUUCUGGCUCAUUCCAGGUGUAAGAACCUGUGAAUUUUUGCUUGGUAUAACAAAUGGUAGGACGAAUCAUCUUGAAGAUAGCUGAAUACAAAGGUGUGCUCUAGGAAUGUUAAUUACACCAGGGUAAAGCCCAUUGUUUUGACAUGCUUCCUCAAGUAAGUUACAGUAGUCCUUUUCUUUAAUUUGAGUAGACCAUACAGGUGAGUGAAGGGAGGGUGAGCUCAUGGGAACCCACCAGGCUAUAGGCCUGGAUAACUUCUUAUAAACAUUUACAGAGGGGUCAUUCUAAGUUUACCUGAAAAAAGGUAAUAGGGCCUGACAUUGUCUUAAUGUUGACAAACUUGACACUUUCAAAACACGUCCAAUUAAAUGUUUAAGAGAGUGCUUUUAACAAAAAACUGCUGUUGAUAUCAAUAAUAUAUAAUUCCAUUUUUAUGAUUUUUAAGCGUUCUCACAGAUUAAUGGCACUUGAUGACAUUCGUCAUGGUGUACUCUGUACGUACAUUGUGAACUCUAGUUUCAUGUUCAGCUCACUAAAUGUACAUGGUAUAUGAAUUCAAUCUUAGAAGAUUAUGGAAUAGCACUAAGGGUGGAUCUAAAGAUAAAGAGAACUCCCUCUUUAAAAAAUACAAGGCAGCUGCUUAAAUCAAACCUUUGGGUAUAAACAUCAGUAAGUUUUAUCUCUUGAUAGUUUUAAAAUUUGUUAUAUAUCUUGUGCAAAGGAGGGGCGAAGAUGCUACCUCCUAGAUCCACCUCUGGCGCUAUCAAUCGAUGACGGUAUCCUCACAAUAAAGAAAGUAUAAAGCUUCAUUUUGAAGUAGUGUGAAGAAAAAAAUUAAUAAAUUAACUUUUUAUAACAA